AUGCAGGAGAACUAUGAGACGGUGGUCUUGCUGGGGUUUCUGAAUUCCAAACCUGAUGUGAUCUCGCAGCUGGAACGAGGGGAAGAGCCUUGGAUCCCAGACCUCCAGGGCUCUGAGAAAAAAGUGCUCCUGAGAGCUGCCUGCACAGGUGUUGGGAUGGUGAGUGAGAAUGAGGAGGAGAAACCCCAGCAGGAAGAUACUGAGCAAGUAUUACCCCAUGGGACGUUAUCAGGAAGAUCAAAAAGGAAUGAGUCCAGGAGUUGUGCACUCCCAGAAAAAGCAAAAGCCUGUGAGAGUCAGCACAGGCCAUGGGAAAACUACAGUAGCCACUCAGACCUUCUUACACGUGAGCGAAUCAACUUGGAAGAGACACACUACACAUGCCAUGAGUGUGGGAAACACUUCAGUCGGAGCUCAAACCUUAUCAGACAUAGGAGAAUCCACACAGGGUUUCUAAAUUCCAAACCUGAUGUGAUCUCACAACUGGAACGAGGGGAAGAGCCAUGGGUCCUGGACCUCCAGGGCUCUGAGAAAGAAGUGCUCCCAAGAGCUGCCUGCACAGGUGAUGUGAUGGUGAGUGAGAAUGAGGAGCAGAAACCCCAGCAGGAAGAUGCUGAGCAAGGAGAACCACAUGGAACGUUAUCAGGAAGACCCAAAGGGAAUGUUUCUGGCAUUUGUGCACUCCAAGAAAAAGCCAAUUCUUGCGAGACUCAAGAGAGGCCAAAGGAAAACUUCAUUAGCCACUCAGACCUUAUAACAUGUGACAGAAUCAACUUGGAAGAGACACGCUACAUGUGCCAUGAGUGCGGGGAAAGCUUCAAUUGGCGCUCUGCCCUUAUCACACAUCAGAGAAUCCACACAGGAGAGACGCCCCACAGAUGCUCUGAGUGCGGGAAAAGCUUCAAUGACCGCCCACACCUUAUCAGACAUCAGAGAAUCCACACAGGGGAGAAGCCGUACACGUGCUCUGAGUGUGGGAAAAGCUUCAGUCAGCGCUCAACCCUUAACGCACAUCAGAGAAUCCACACAAGAGCUACGUGCUACCCAUGCCCUGAGUGCAGGAAAAGCUUCAGUCGGCGCUCAGACCUUAUCAGACAUCAGAGAAUCCACACAAGAGAAAUGCCCUACACAUCAGGCCUGCACAACUCAUAA